AUGAUUCCUGGAGAAAUACCACAAGCUGCUUUGGCGUAUAAGAGCGCUGUCAUUUCUAGAGACCCUUGGAAUACAGGCCACAGUGCAUUACUUGAUUCAUAUACCAAUGAUGGCUUUGGAAAUGCAAUCUAUUCCUCUCCAAGCACCAUGAACUACUCUGGCAACUCUUAUAGUCAGAGCAGAGCCAUUCCGAGAAGCGCCAACUGCUACUCGCGGGCUGAUGCUUUGUCCUCUGCUUCGUCAACCUAUGGGCUACGAGCUCCUGUCGCAGCACCCUCAACCACCGGACAUGCCUUCAGUGCUUAUAAGAGCCCAAGCAAGACGUCAAAUUGGGACAGUCAAGAGCGAUAUUCUCCCACGGGCUCUCUCGAGGAGAUUGUUGCGUCACCCAACUUGUCUGACUACUCUGUGGAAAACGGUAUAGGAUUGAGCAGCCCGCAGCAGAAGUCUCGCCAGAGUGGCAAACGAGGAUCCCAGCGCCGACCAUCCAACCGAGACGAGUUUGACGGUCCUCACCAGUUCUUACAGCGUCCGCCACAGGAGAUUAUUGACAUGCAGGAAAGGGAACUGCCACACCUCCCGACCAACCUGCAUGUUCAAGAGCAGGACACUGUGUUGAACCAGGUCAACGACCGGCUGUCACAGUGCGCGUUUGACUUUGUCGCCAAGUACCAGUUCCCUAUCCCCCUCACACAAGACAUGCGGCCCGUGGAACGCCCACAGGACCGUGAAUGGACGGAGUGGGUGUACCUGCUCAAGAGGCUCGCGACCAAGCGACGCAUCCCGGCGAGAGUGUUAUACAAUGGACAGAUUAAGCAAUUCGUCACCAUUUUAGAAAACUCUCUCGAGAUGCGCCAUGCGGCCAAACACCAAAGUCGCCCUUUGAAAGACGACCGAAAUAUUCUGCAGCUCAUCUCUGCAGGCAUUCAAGUCGCCAAGAUUUUAAAGGAUGCAUCGGCCAUGGAUUACUUGGACCGAUUAUACGUUGAAACAGAAGCACGGAUUCAGGAACGCGCCAAGCCGCGAUUCCGAUCCUAA